GUGGGUGGAGGAGCGGGGAGACAGGAGAGCGGUCAGUAGCGGGACACACCCGGGGGAAGGUGGAGGUCCGUGCCGUCACUCAGCCUGCCGCAGAUAUGGCGUGUGUGUGUAUGGGAAGGUGUCUGUGGACAGUAUGGAACUACGUGAUGCUGUACGCCUUGGGGUUGUGGUACCUGGUGAAGGAGAUCUGUCUGCCCCAUAGGAAGCCCACAGGUAUAGAGAAACAGAGUGGGCGAGUGGCUCUUGUGACGGGUGGCGGUCGAGGCAUCGGCUUGGAAACAAUCCAGCAGCUCCUUGACCUGGAUAUGACAGUUAUUAUUGCUGGAAGAAAUGUGGCAGUGUUGGAGAAGGCAGCAUCUGAGCUGCGGGCCCUGGGUGUGCAAGGAGGAUCUGUCAAAUGUCUGGAAUUAGAUUUGUCAAGUUUAUCAUCUGUUCGCAACUGUGCUCAAGAGUUUUCUGCUCUUAACUUGCCACUCCACCUUCUGAUUAAUAAUGCGGGCAUAAUGUUCUGGCCAUGGGAGUUGACUGAGGAUGGGCACGAGUCACACUGGUGUGUGAAUUAUCUCGGCCACUUCCUCCUCACCCAUCUCUUGUUUCGACAUCUAGUAGCUAGCUCCACACCAGAGCGACCUACGCGAGUGGUGAAUCUAACAUCAUCGGUACAUUACAUGGGGUCCAUCAAAUUUGAUGAUAUAAAUAACAAGAAAUUAUAUAGUCCUCAAGCUGCAUAUGCACAGAGUAAAUUGGCGCAGUUGAUGUUUACACUGACAUUGGACGAGCAUCAGAGGUCAUGUGGAAGCAACGUUGUGGUCAAUGGUGUUCAUCCCGGUGUGGUGGCCACCGAACUCUUCCAGAAUGUUGCAUGGGCAACGAGCUUUCCCCUGCUUGCAAGAACUUUUCUCAAGACUCCUCGGCAAGGCUCUGACACAGUGGUUCAUGUAGCAUUAUCAACACAAGUCAAGGAAGGAGGCCACUAUUACGAGAACUGCACCAAGACCAAACCUGCCAGAGCUGCCCUGAGAAGUGAGGACCGUGCCCGUCUCUGGGCGCUCUCCUGUCAGCAGCUCCAAAUUGAACAUUUUGGACAGACGUAAAGAUAUUAAUUUACAGUAUAUGAUCAGUAGGGAAAAUAUGCAUGUUCAAUCAUUGUGUGAUAACAAAUUAUCAUGGAAAUACUGAACUGAUAAUGACAUUAAGUAAUAGUAAUGGAUUUGAUAUGAAGUAAGGGUAUUAGAACUUGCCUGUAUAAUGUGUAAACUCCUUGUAGGGUCUCUUUCCAAUAACCAUCAUUGAAUUACUGAAAUUUUGAGGGGCAAGUGAGGGUUGUUUAGCAGUAAUCUUCGUCCUAGACUACAGUACUUCAAUCCUUAAGGAAGUUUUGUAGAAAAUCAUUAAAGGUGGUGGUUAAUUCCUCAAAAAAAAAAAAAAGCUCCUCGUAAAAAAUACUUCUCGCCUAGCUGUUUCUCACGAUUUAAAGCUUUUAAAGAAAUUUCACAAAUCUAUAGGUAUACAGGGUAUUUUUGUAUUUUCAUAAACCAGCACAUGUGUGAAUACAGGAUAGUUGUCAGCUAUUCUUCAUUUUACAGUAUGUACAGGGAGACAGCAGAAUAAUUUGAACAAAGUAAUUGAAGACUGACCCACACACCUGAAGAUGAAGAGAUGACAACGUUUCAGUGCGUCCUGGACCAUUAUAAAGUCAAUUGUACAAUCAACUUAAUGGUCCAGGACGGACUGAAACGUCAUCUCUCCAUCUUGUGGUGUGUGUGUGGUUUGGUCAUCAUAUCUUUAGCCACAUUAUUGUGACUCAUCGUCUGUAUAAGUAAUUGAGUGCGGUAUGCAUCAAGUAAUUUCUAGCCUUACCAAAGCCAUCAUAAGAGUUAAUUACGCAGCAGGAGAGUACUGUUUUUGUAAAGGCAGAAACAAGUGACACUUAAUGGGCUAGGCAGAGGCUUAGGGCUCAAAUAGGAAUAUUCCAGUCAAAAUAUAAGUGAUUUAUAUAAGAAUUAGCACCAUUUGGAACUGAUUCCUAUCACAUUUUACACAAUACAGUGAACAAGGAACCAUAAUAGUUGGAUAGAACCUUUUUGUAAGUUAAAUAAAUUGUCCGUCAUGACUAUACAUAAGAAUCAUAAAUACUCCGAGUUAUGAACAAAAUGUACUUCAGCUGUUGAACGAUGCCAAACUAAUGACGUUCAGUCAAUAUUCAUAUGACAUAUUCAAUAUGUACAAGAAUGAAAGAAAUCUUGUAUGUAUAAAUAAAAAUAAUAAAAUACAACAAAUCUAUGUGCAUCUACUGUAAUUUUUUUUUAAAUGAGUUUAUACCUUAUGUAAACUUUACAUUUUUAUGUGCCUUCAAGAUAUUAACUCUUCCAACAUUUGAAUCUGAAAGGACAUAAUUUCUUUAAUACAGUAUUACUGUUGGUCGAGUUUAGCUUAGACAACGUCAUGCAAGUAUCUUCCACAACUUAGUUAUGCUAAAAAAUGUCUUGAAACAAUCUGAUCUCUGUUUGCAGCAUUCUGCAAAAGAUAUGAUUCUCUUCGAUAUAACAAUAUUUACUAAUGAACUCAUGUAGCAAUACUGUACUGCCUCACAUAUUUUCUUGCCAUAAAUAUUACACAUUCCAGAGCAAAUUGUAUUUUUUCUAAUAAAUAUUGUAAUCAGAAUUUA